AUGGAUUUAACGCAUCAGUUGGAGCUGUUUCCUGACUGCAGCGUGACUCUCCUUCUCUUUAACCACGUGAAAAAUGCCCCUGCCCUGAGAAAAAAAGCCAUGGAAGGAGCCAUUGAAGGAGCACUAAUAAACCCUGCGAUGAUUGUAGAUCCUUUUCAGAUUCUUGUGGCAGCCAACAAAGCAGUUCAUCUACACAAGUUAGGUAAAAUGAAGACCAGAACUCUCAAUGCAGAAAUUAUUUUCAGCCUUUCACCAAACAACAAUAUUUCAGAUGCAUUUAAAAAGUUUGGCAUUUCAGACAGUGACACAGCUGUGCUCAUUGUUCUUGUUGUGGACAGAGAAAAGUCUGUUAAUCUGGAAGAUAUAGCAUCUCAGGUAGAAGGCCAACAGGUUUCUCUAGAUCAUCUCCCCCAUCUGACAGAUACUGCCAAAGUUAAAAAGAUGUACAAAGUUACUCCACAGGAGGAAAAAAUCGGCACCUUAUUGGAUAGUAUUGUUUGCAGAAUGUCAACAAAAGAUGUUUUAUAAAAAUGUGGAA